GCAGUUUAACGCGCGGGCUGGCGGUGCGUUUGUGGUGGUUCGGUCGGCUGCGCACGGGUUCACGCGAGCGGGGGAGACGAUGGGAGGUGCUGGAUGGGGGACCCUAAGGCGGGCGACGGUCAAGGAGGGUUGGAUUGCAGGGGGGGAGGUUGGGGGAAGGGGGACCCUGCGGCGGGCAGCGGUUAACAGGGGUUGGGUUGCAGCGGUGUGGUCGGGGGAAGUCAGCGAGGGUUGUCUCACCAGGGUGGUCGACAUGGGGAGGGCACAACGCCAUCAGCAUGAGGCUGCCGCGGACCAUGUGCAGGACACAUUCAGGGCCCGCUCCCCUGUGUAUCAGUACCUGGUUGUCGGUUAGAAGGUCGACAACAAGGGGGUCAUGAUGCUCCGUUGCACGUUUUGCAACAAAGUUUUUCAAGGGACCCAAUUUCAGGCCACGAGACACUUCUCGCAGACAAACUACUUUAAGGACGUCAGCGACGAGGCGUUGUACGAGAUUGCUCGACGGAGUCAACAGAAGUUCGAGGCCGAUCAGAUGGAGAGGGUUGCCAGAUAUGCAGCGGAGCGCGGACUCGAUGUGCCCGACACGGGUGGUGCAAGGGAAGGAGAGUCGGGGCAGCAUCCGGUGGAGGGAGGGGUCGGGGGAGAUGGUGGGCAAGGUGCACCGGACCCCACUUUGGGUGGUGGAGGCGGUGAGACGAAGGAGGGUGUGAUCCACGUCGAUCGCGAGGCGCGUGGCCCGGGCGAGGAGGGAGUCCCGGAACGGGAGGACAUGCAAGAGUUUUAUCCAGGCACUGGGGAGAGGUUGGAGGACUGGCGGAGGCGAGUAGGCAAGGGAGCUGCGACGGAGGGGUCUUCCAAGAGGAAGGAAGGAAGAAGUGAUCCAGCUGCCACCCCAGCAGGAAAGAGGCUUCGUCAGCAGAAGGUGACUGAUGUCUACGGUGGCGAGUGGGUUGCUCGUCACAAGAAGGCAUUCCUUCGCUGGCUGUAUUCCAGCUGGGUCUCCUUCAAUGCCUUCCGCAACCAGGCUUGGAAGGCAUAUCAACAGGUGUUUCUUGAGCAGUCUGGCAGUUCCCCGCGCUCUGUGCUCCCCAACCACAGCGAGAUUGUGAGUAUGCGGGCGGUGGAGACCCACCGUGUGGAGUUGGCGGAGGAGUUGGAGGAGGUGAGGCAACCAUUCUGGGUGACUGGUGCCACCCUCCUCUCCGAUGGGAGGAAAUCACGAGACGGGAGACCGAUCGUGAAUUUCCUUGCCGCUGGCUCGCGAGGGGCCGUCGUGUACACGACGAUCAAUCGAGAAUGGGAUCCUUGGUGGCAGAGGGUGGCCACCAUCGUCCAUAUCAUGCAGCCCGUCAUGGACUUGCUUAGGCGGAUGGAUCGUGGAGGACAGUACAUGUCCCUCAUGAUCGAGUGGACGCAGGAUCUUGUCCGCCGUGUCACGGACGCAUGCGCCCCUUUGGGGAAGUCGUUCGCCGACUGGAUCAUCAGGCGUGUGCAGGCUCGCACACAGCACAUGCUUGAGCCGGCUCACUGCGCAGAGUUCUUACUGAACCCCCGCAGGCGACACGUUCGCUACUUUUCGGGCCAGGUAGAUCGGUACGAUGCUUGGCUUGUGGGGCAAGCCAAGAGGUACAUUAUGACGCAGACGGGAUUCAAGUUGGAGGGUGCGGAGUACAUCCUUGCAUGUCGGCAGUUUGAGGACUUCCACAUUCAGCAGGGCAGGUUCGGGGAUUGGGGCGGGCCGGAGGGGCGUGCUCGUGGGGGCGCGUGCAGCGGCGACAACGAGACGAUUGAGUACGCGUCUUGGUGGUCUUUGUUCAGGGGCAUCACGGAGGAGGAGAUUGCCCGUCAGGUCGCACUUAUUACCCGAGAUCCCAUCGGGGCGUCCGUACCACCCUCUGCUGAUGCCGUUUUCGAUAUACGUGCUUGCAUUUUUCGUCCCUACCCCAGGGAGGACGACUCAUACGAGGAGCCGGUACCCGAGGCGGCAGAAGACCCUGCGCUCCGCAUUCCCCGUGAGAUCGACGAGACGCACGAGGAUCCCGACUCCGCGGAGACGAGGGCACACACUGCACGACGGGCGGCGGACCGGGCGGAGAGGGAGAUGCUGGGGGGAGAGGAGGAGUUUUGGGGUCCAUUCGGUGAGCUCCCUUCCACGGGCGGCCUAGAGGCGCAGGCAACAACCCCCACUCUGACGAGGCGGAAGUCGUCCAUGUCGCCACCUCCUGCUCCGAGUCCUGCACCACCAUCGCCCGUCUCGCCACUUCAGCUGGCCACGGCAACGGCGGACAGGGAGGAGUUGGGGUCCUCUUUGCCUCAGCGCGGACUUCUCCACAGAGGCGGGGCAGUCCGCCAGCUGAGGUUACGAUCACCUUCCCCGGGGAUAUUGCAGGAGGAGGGGGCACUGUCGACAGCAGCAGUGGAGAGUUCGGUGGCACCAGCGGCGGUGCCGGACGCGACGAUCUUAGCCGCGGUGGAGGAGAUAGCAGCAGCAGCAGCAGUAGCAGCAGAAGUGGAGGGGCAGGUGGCAGCAGAAGGAGGAGCGGGUGGAGGAGCAGCAGCAGUGGAGGAGGAGGAGGCACCGUCGGCAGCUGCAGUGGAGGGGGAGGUGCCAAGACCAGUGGAGGAGGAGAUAGCCGCACAGGCCAAGGUGCAGCGUGGGGGCGAUGACGAGCGCCUCAUGCAGCAGUUCCUCACGGAGGAGCUCGAUCCGGUCAUAGAGGGUAUGACCCCGGGUGUGGCGAGGGGGUUUGGGAUUUCGGAUUCGGAGAUGGGAACCCACUUAGACUUAGAUUUGUCGAUGGGCCUUCCACCUAGUUGUGGCGGGGCGACAUCGACAGACCGGGCUCCAUCGAGGGACGAUGCGCCAGGACAGACUUCGACGCAGACCGCGAGAGAGAGGACGACGACUGAGUCUCCAGAUGCAGCAAGCGACAUCAUGGAGCGAGAGAGGGCUCGACUUUUGGCAUCGAGUGACCCGCGUGCUCAGUCGUUCGCACGGGCCGUAGAGGAGGCCAGACGUCGAGAGAUAGAGGGGGAUUGUGUGCAGGGUGGGGUGGUGGCGGGGGAGGACGUUGCGGAGGGAGUGGCAGCAGAGCCGUUACCCAAGGCUAUGUCGGGUGUAGCAGAGGCAGCGGACGUUGCUGUGGAGGGACGGCCUCAGGCGGUGGAUGAGGUUGUGCAGGCAGGACAGCGGCGAAUCGAGGGGGGUAUAGACGCACGGCGCGAGGUUCAGGAGACAGCGACGAGUUUCAAAAAAAGGGUUUCCCUCAUGCUCAUAUGCUCAUAGUUUUGGACGGCGAAGACAAACCCAAAACACUUAAAAGACUGAAUAAAAAAGUAACAAUGUU